GGCAGCCCUUGUUUUGACUGACCGACGUUCACGUUAUUUUGGUAUAAAGCACAAUAGCGUAAAAUUUCAUAAAAAUGGUUGGUUGGAGCCGUUUGCUGCUGCCAGCGGCACAAUUCGCAAAGAAUGGGGCUGUACUGCUUACACCUGCCACAAGGAAUGCCCUGCAGCAGCAAUUGCGCCGAAUGGGAAGUGAUCAUGGACACCAUCACAUGACUAUUAAGCCCUCACGCUUCCAGUGGGAUAAGUUCAAGGAUCUAUUGCACUUUUACGUAAUGAUUGGCGUACUGCCGAUCACCGCCCUGGUGUUAUAUGCAAACAUCUUCGUGGGACCCUCACAGUUGGCCGAAAUACCCGAAGACUACGAACCCAAGCAUUGGGAAUACGAGAAGAAUCCUAUUUCCCGGUUUAUUGCUCGGUAUAUUUUAACCUCGCAGCAACAGGAAUACGAGAAAGCGCUGCACAACAUCUUUGAGGAGAACGAAAAGGCGCAAAUCCGCCUGCUCGAGGAAAAGAUUCGCAAAAAGAUGUCCGAACGCAACGACUACCAAGCCUACUAUUAUCGCCCAUCUGUAGCCAAAUAUCACAGAAUAUCCAAGGAGGCAGCCGAUGAGCUGGAAGCACUGCGUGGCGACUAAGCCAUUAGCCUAUUUAAAUCUUAUUGAUUACGAGAAAUUGUUUUCAAAUGUGGUCCUUUAAUAGACGUAAUUAAGACCUCUCUUUGAGGGAAAUAAAAAUGUGAAAUUUA